AUGAAUUCAGAAACACACUCUCUCCCCGAGAUUACACGGGAAGCGCUCGAGUUUGAACAGUCACAAUGGUCAAGUGGCUCGGUUCACAACGACCCAUUCUACUCAGUGGUCAAAAGUCCAGCGCUGGCAAUUCUACCUCCCGGUGCACUCCUCAAACUCGAGCGAACUACGGAUACAUCACUUUAUAGCCUCCCUGCAGCGACAGCUCUAUCCCGAAUCAUCUAUCAAUCCAAAACUCUAAGCGGGGAGAUUGUUCCAGUCUCUACAUUCAUACUUUGGUCACAUACAUCAAGAUCUACUGAUGAUGGGUAUCAAGUCGUGGCUUGGGCUCAUGGAACAAGUGUAAUUUCUCCAAACUCCGCUCCUUCCCACACCAAAAAUCUUUGGCAACACUUCAAUGGCCCCUAAGCAUUGGCAAUUCAAGGACAUGUGGUUGUAGGAACUGACUACGCUGGGAUGGGCGUCUCAGUAACAGCUGCGGGCAAGCCCAUUAAGUUUGAAUACCUUGGGUUUCCCAGCCAUGCAAAUGAUGUUAUAUACUCAGUCCAGGCCGCUCAAAGUGCAUUUCCCGAGCUAUCAAAGUCUUUCGUUGUAACUGGUCACUCGCAAGGUGGUGGCACAGCCUGGGCUGUUGCACAACGACAACAUCAUGAGCCCGUGGAGGGAUAUCUAGGAUAUAUCGCAUUUUCACCAGUCACGAAUUUUGCGGCUGAACCUGAGCCUUUUGGUUCGAUCAUUGGAGUAGCUGCUACGCCUGCUAUCGAGGCCGUCUUUCCAGAUUUCAAUCGCGCGGAUGUUCUUACAGAGGAUGCGGUUGCAAGACUUGGACUUAUUCAAGAGGCAGAUGGGGGAUUGGCAACCGCAUUAACACUUCUCGUUGGUAUACAACUCACAAAACCAGGAUGGAUCGAGAAUCCUUCCAUCAAGAAAUUCCUAUCCGUAACCUCAAAUGGGAGGAAACCAAUUUCGGGGCCGCUAUUGGUGAUCCAUGGUGAUUUAGAUACGAGGGUAAGCUUUGAAGUGGCCGCAGAAGCGGUGGAGGAAACGGCGAUGAUGUUCCCGGAUGCGGAUAUUGAGUUUCUUCAUUUGGAAGGGGCGAAUCAUGAUUCUGCGAUGGUUAGUGUGCAGUGGGCGUGGAUGGAUUGGAUUCAGAGACGGUUUGAAGGUGUGUCUACCGAGAGGGGGUUGAGGAGGAAGGUGGUUAAAGCUGUGAGGCCGGUUGAGGCGUAUCAGAGGGAUGUUAAUUGGUAUAUCGCUCCAUCGACGAAUUUCUGGGAGAGACCGUGA